AUGUCGACUGGCGUUAGCACCGGCAACGAUUCUGCUCAAACUGGAGUCAAGACGAGAUCUGACAUGUGCGGUCUACUCCGCAUCGCUGUGCCCAAACCACGGCCUCGAUAUCGCCUCGUCGUUUCAUCGGCAGUUGCAACAGGACUCGAAGCAAGGACUCGCGAAUUCACAGGCAGACAACAAAUUACAUUUUAUGGGCAUGAAGUUAGUCGCUUAAAAUUCACCUCUUUUUAUACAGAACUACUCACUGACAGACUACUCACUUUGCCAGAAAAACCAGACGAAUUGAACUUGCCAAGACCUACCGAUAGUGCCGGGUGGCAACAAUUUGGCAGCAAUCACUUCGGUGGCCUUACUCUCUUUUCUGUCGUCCCCAUGGCAACGGGAAGAACAUCCGAUUCUGAGACGACCGAGGCCGACGAAUCCAGCUGGAUGCCGGUGGCGAAUCGUAAUUCUUGUUGCUAG